AUGCUGGAUAAUAACCUUUCUCUGAAAUACAACCAGAAAGGAUUUUUAUCCUACAACAACCUCAUAAAUGAUGGAUUUUAUGACCACGGCCGGAUAAAACCAGAUGCAAAGUUACCAUCUCUGGAAGAACUUAGUAGACAGGAGCUGAACCAAAGCCGGGCAGUUAUUUUAAUCAAUACAAGAUUACCUGAACUUGCUACCCCACCACCCCUUCCAGCGGAGGAGAAAACAGAGCAAAGCAUCAGACGGUCUCCAUCAUCACAGAGCAGAAGCGCCUCUAGAGAACAAGGAGGUCGGGCUCAGUCACCUGUAGAAGACAAGCAAGAAUCGUCUUCAGUGAAAUCCCCUUCUGUAAGCCGGAGUAGGAUGAAAGAGAAGUCUUCCAGCAAAGGAAAGGGCAAAGUGAAGAAGGAGGAAGAGAAGAUGAAAGAGGAAGAUGAGGUGCCCCAGGUCAAAGCUCCACCAGAUCCCAGUCCUGAGACACUGCAGUGGUUCCCACUAUGUGACCAGGAAUUAAAUGACUAUAUCUCAGAGGCUUCCAGAACAAUCCUUCCUCUUCCACACAUCCGAGAGCAAGUGGUGGCUCUGGCACAGUUUGUGGCUGAAAAGAUGGGCAGUGCUAUAGAGAAGGAUCGACUGCAAGAAUUCAGCUGGGAGCUCCAUAUCAGUGAACUUAAAUUUGAGCUGAAGAGCAAUGUCAUUCCCAUCGGAAAGAUUAAGAAAGGGAUAUUCUAUCACCGAGCACUUCUCUACAAGGCUGUAGCAGACAGAAUUGGCAUUGCUUGUACUCUGGAACGUGGUGACUACGGUCGUGCU